AUGUCGGAAGACUCGAGAGCUAUUAUAAAAGCUCUCGAAAAAGUCCUUGUACACCUCAGCGAGCAUCCGUACCCGCAUGUCCCCAAUCCUCCCCAUACCUCUCCGAAACGAGCCAGCGUAGCUGCCAUUAUCCGUGUCCGACCAGCUUAUAAACCCGUCCCUGCCAGCGUCAAUGGCUCCCUCAUAGCAGUCGACAAGCCUUCUCCUCCCUCGCCGCCUUCGACCCUCAGCGAAUUCUUUGCGCAAGAAUGGGUCCAGGAAGGAGACCCCGAAUUACUUUUCAUCAAGCGCGCUGGUCGCGCUGGGGAUAGGUGGUCGGGCCAUAUUGCCUUGCCUGGGGGGAAGCGAGACCCCGAAGAUGCGGAUGACUUUGCUGCUGCCGUCCGCGAAACAAGAGAAGAGAUAGGCUUGGACCUGGAAACAACGGAGUGCCUGCCCGCAGGGAAUCUCCCCGAGCGGCUGGUCACAACUUCUUGGGGGAAAGACGUUCUCAUGGUUUUGUGUCCCUACAUAUUCCUCCUGACAGGCAAGGCCGUUCCACCUGUCCAGCCACAGCCCACAGAAGUCGCCUCGGUGCACUGGGUCUCUCUCCGCGCUCUGCUUUCACCCACUCUACGGACUCGAGAAGCCGUGGACAUGUCCUCAAGAAUGGCCAAGCACGUUGGUCCCAUAAUCCACAAACUGAUCCGUUGGACAAUGGGGAAGAUGAUGUUCAGUGCCGUUCGCCUCCUCCCCACAGAGUCUGUUUAUGCCAGCUCAAUACCGGGAUUCAUACCCACGGAGGGUGGAGAUAAGCUUUCCACCUUGUCUGGCUGGGCCCAAGCACCCUUUGGCAUUCCGUCCUCCUCAUCUGUUCACCACUCUCUUCUUACUUUCCAACAACCACUGAUCCUCUGGGGUCUUACACUCGGCGUCCUGGCAGAUCUUCUCGAUCAGCUUCCACCCUACAACGCUGUGGCGCUCUGGAAAUAUCCCACGUUUACAGUCCCUGACCUCCGUCUACUUGUGUACAUCAUGACUCGCUCGUUCCGAAAGAAUAGCGCAGAGACCUUCUCGUCAGGAUCUUGGCCGAACAAAUUGCAGCGGCAACCCAGUCAGACCGCGAUGGAUGGCGCAAGCGAGGCAACAGCGGUCCCGGUGGCCGAAUCUACUCCCGUCAUGGGGCCUGAAUCGACGUCCGCGCCCGCUCCUCUGGAUAAAGGGGAGCAGUCUUCUCGAGCGGCUAAGCGAUCAUCGUUCAAUAAGCACAGUGUCGGUAUCGGCGGAUUGGGUGUCGGAAAAGACCCGCAACAUGCCGUUGUGUUCGCCAUUUUCAGCUUCUUCGGGGUCUGGCAUUACAACUUGGCCAACUACCUGACUCCGAUCGCCGAGCUCUACGAGUCCUUCGCACUCAUUGCACUGUUCUUUCUUCUGGUUGCCUGCGUGGCGCCAGAGUCCUUUGAAGGACAGCUUGAGUAUUUUGCUACCAACCCUGGGACUGCCAAACCUUCAAAUGCUGCGAGCGUCAACUGGUUUCGCAAGACUUGGAUCACAGUGAUUCAAAUCUUGCCCACCCGCGUGGUCACCGUCAUUGCCACAGAGAUUGUCGAAGCAACACAGUGCCACGGAACCACGUCCUAUCAGCGGGCUAUGACCAUUAUCAGCAUUGUCCAGGGGUUGCUGACUGCAACCUGUCUCAUCGGCAUCUCCAAGUUCUACUCGAGAUAUCGCAGCCAACUCCACGUUACCGACCGACGUAUUCUUUAUAGAAUAGGCGUGUUUAAGCUCCUCGUCUUUACCCAGCUCGUACAAAGAAUCAUCAUCAAUGCCCUCUCACAGAGUGACGUCCUCAAGCCAACGGAGCAUCUGAGUUACAACGACCUCAAUCUCGGGUUGAACUCCUUCCUCAUCUGUCUGGAGACCUUUGUACUUGCGAUCCUGUUCGUCUGGCCGUUCUGGCCGCACAAGGCGUUUGCGAAUUCGAGGGUAGGAAUUCUUUCGGCAGCUCUGGACGUCAUCAACCCUGGGGAUGUUUUUGCAGGGAUAGUUGGUGCUGUACGGCUCUGCCGGGGAAAUUAUCCUGCCGAAACUCUUUAG